AGAAGAAGUACUGUCCCUGGAACCACGUUAUACCUCUUUCCUGACGCCAAUGCAUGAAAGAGGCUUUGCGCUCUGUCAGUUGUACCCGUAAAAUUGCAAAGGUGGAUUACAAUUAAUUCCCAAGUGAUCAGACACACCACAGAACGAUUUUCCUGGACAUAGGUGAGUCCCUUGUAAUGAUUAGUUGGAGCUGUGUUCGAUUUAAUUUACAUUUGCUGGCAUGUCUGGGCCUAGUUUUGGCUAGGCAUGUCUGGGCCUAGUAGUAGUGCGUCAGCAGCACACUAGCUAGCGGGUCGUCGUUUUUGACUUGAAAAGGAAGCGUUCACUGUUUAAUUGAUCUUGUUCGCUAUGUAUACCCUUUACAAAUUCACAGUGCGAGAAAUAUGUGAAGCAAAUGGUUAGUUUACUUGCUAACUAGUUUGUGAAUUAACUAAUCGACAACCUUACCCCGCCAAUAAUGGAUGGUCGUUCCCAGAGCCAUAUAUUUAUAGCCAGCUACAUUUACGUCAUUUAGCAGACGCUCUUAUCCAGAGCGACUUACAUUAUUAUUUUUUUCAUACCCAGUGUGGGAAUCGAACCCACAACCCUGGCGUUGCAAACGCCAUGCUCUAUCAACUGAGCUACAUCCCUGCCGGCCAUUCCCUCCCCUACCCUGGACGACGCUGGGCCAAUUGCGCGCCGCCCCAUGGGUCUCCCGGUCACGGCCGGCUACGACAGAGCCUGAAUUCUUACACCAGAUAAUGUGAUUUAACCAAUGAUUUUUGGUAUCCAUUACUGGGAGUUACAGGUUUGCCGAUACAAAACUUCGCCAGAGAUUUGUUCAAUUAACCUGGUAUUUCUCUACUAUCUUAAUUCUCGAUUCGCCCAAAGAUUUUUCUAAAAUGUCCAGUUGCAGAUGGUGCGUUUGAAUUUAUAAAAUGCUCCGUUAAUAAAAUAAAUUAAUGCUCCAUGAAGUAAUCCAACAAUGUGUAAAGCGCCAUAUUGUCUAUUUCAAAUCUUCUCCAAAGAUUGUCUAUUAUUGACAAGAUAGUCAAGUGACCGCACUAACAAUGGAAAUGCAUAUCCUCAAAGAUGGAAGGCAUACGGGAGGAGGAGAGUUCAGGUGGGACCAUUCUAGCCAAUGAGAAGGCAGAUACGUGUGUGUUCAAGGCCAUCUCCAUUUAAAAGUAUUGAAUUUUCUUCAUUGGCUGAUUUGAGCCCCUCAUAGGAAUCCCCAACCAGUUGACUACUUUAAAAUGGCGGAAGCCCGCAAUUGAAGUGUCCAUUCUAAAACGGGUUAUAUCCAUGAUGAGUCCUUGAUCACGUUGAGGGAGGAGGUCAGAGACCUGGCUGUGUGGUGCCAGGAUAACAACCUCUCCCACAACGUGAUCAAGACAAAGGAGAUGAUUGUAGACUACAGGAAAAAGAGGACCGCGCAUGCCCCCAUUCUCAUCGAUGGAGGUGUAGUGGAGCAGGUUGAGAGCUUCAAGUUCCUUGGUGUCCACAGCACCAACAAACUAUCAUGGUCCAAACACACAAAGACAGUCGUGAAGAGGGCACAACAAAGCCUAUUCCCCCUCAGGAGACUGAAAAGAUUUGGCAUGGGUCCUCAGAUCCUCAAAGUUAUACAGCUGCACCAUCGAGAGCAUCCUGACUGGUUGCAUCACUGCCUGGUAUGGCAACUGCUCGGCCUCCGACCGCAAGGCACUACAGAGGGUAGUGCGUACGGCCCAGUACAUCACUGGUGCCAAGCUUCCUGCCAUCCAGGACCUCUAUACUAGGCGGUGUCACAGGAAGGCCCUAAAAAUGGUCAAAGAAUCCAGCCACCGUAGUCAUAGACUGUUCUCUCUGCUACCGCACGGCAAGCGAUACCGGAGCACCAAGUCUAGGUCCAAAAGGCUUCUUAACAGUUUUUACCCCUAAGCCAUACCACUGCUGAACAGCUAAUCAAAUGGCUACCUGGACUAUUUGCAUUGUUUCCCCCCCACUCCCUCUUUUACGCUGCUGCUGCUACUCUCUGUUUAUCUAUGCAUAGUCACUUUAACUCUACCUACAUGUACAUAUGACCUCAAUUACCUUGACUAACCUGUGCCCCCGCACAUUGACUCUGUAUACCCGUACCCCCUGUAUAUAGCCUCGCUGCUGUUAUUUUACUGCUGCUCUUUCAUUAUUUGUUUUAUUUUUUAGUUAUCUAUUUUUUACUUUAACACUUAUUUUUUUAAACUGCAUUGUUGCUUAAGGGCUUGUAAGUAAGCAUUUCACUGUAAGGUCUACACUUGUUGUGUUCAGCGUAUGUGACAAAUAUAAUUUCAUUUGAUGUGUCCUCUGUCUCUGUUAGUGUUGUCACGAUACCAGAUUUAUGACUUCGAUACCAGGUUUAGUAUCAUGAUACUCGAUACCAAAACAAUACUUGAUGAAAAGAGAAAAAAAAACUGUUGGGAGGUUCUCAUCUGCACUGUUCAACCAAUCCAGUAAAUGUGGAGGAGGUGUUAAUAUGGAGUGUCGCCUUGUUAACGUACAAAAGCAGAAGUCGCAUCACAGGCUCUCGUUCCAUUUCCCCUGAAAACCGGAACAUCUGGUUGUUGGGGACUCGUUAGAGGCUAGCUCCCCAUUUAACAUUACAUGGGGAAUAUUAAAAAAUUACUAUAAAACUGAAUGUAUAGACUGAGCAUUAUGAUGCAUUUACAUGACACUACAACAUUCUGAAGGAGCGAUGUAACCUCAUUACAUUACAUGGGGAAUAUUUAAACAAUGCUAUAUAACUAUGUUUAGAAUUAUAUUCUAAAAGUUGGCCUACCUCUAAAUAUAUGGCUCUGUUCUUGCGCUAUCAUAUGCUUUUCUGCUUACUGGUAGCUAACGUUAGUGUUAGCAUGCUAGCUUGUCAGCCAUUAUACAACGUUUGUCAGAUAGCUAGCUAGCCGCUCUGACCACAAUAAGAUUGGUAUCAGCUAUUUUGCCAGGGAGGAUAUGCUGUCUUUUUGGUUAUACGACUUGUACAUCAAUAAAACAUCGCUUGCGAGCUAGCUUACGUUAACUAGCUGUUGUUUUUCACUGGGCAAGUGUUAGCUAAACUGCUAGCUAACUAGCUAUUAGUCUUGUGCCAUAAAAUACUGACUUUAACAUCUACUGGCCAGCAAUCUAGCUUGCUAGCUGCAUCAUUUCAAUAAUGAUGUGGGGUAUUUCCACAUAUUUUUCUGGUUCAACUGGUACGUGUAUUUAGCUUCUAGCUAGCUAAGCUUGCUAUGUACUUUAGACAAACAACACUUUCCAUCAAUGUUGAGUUAGCUAAUAGUAUUGCAUGCAGUAGACUGUCAUUUAGAUGUACAUGCGAAAAGAGUAGUCUUUCCAGUUGCAUGUUGGCCUACAUCUGACACAUGGAAUUUGUACAGAUAAAUACAGUAUGUGGUCAGGGAAGUGGAUUGUAGAAUAGUAAAAAAAAAUAUAUACAGCUGUGGAAAAAAUUAAGAGACCACUGCAAAUUGUUCUUAAAUCAGCAUCUCUACAUGUAUGACAGCCAUUCCAUUCCAGUUUCUGAUGAAUUCUUACACAGGCACACCUCAUUCUACUGAAUGAGGUACUGAUUAGGUGAUCACCUGAACCAAAUCCUAUUUAACGAGGAAAAGUAUAAAAACCAGUGCUGUGGUCAUCACUAUCCUCUUGCAAUAGGACCAGUUUGAUGGCAUAAACAGUGCUAAAGGUACCUCAAAAGUAAUAUUAAUCCAAAAAUAACUAUUGACCAUGCCAAAAGAGUUGAAAAGGAAAGUUUUGAGUGAGGAAAAUAAGGGUUCAAUUCUGGCUUUACUGGCAGAGGGAUACAGUGAGCGUCAGGUUGCUUCCAUCCUUAAAAUGUCAAAGACUGCGGUUCAUAAGAACAAGGUCAAGCAGCAGACAUUGGGACAACAAAGCUACAGACCGGCAGAGGACGAAAACGACUCUCUACUGACCGGGAUGACCGCCAACUCAUUCGAAUGUCACUCAACAACCGUAGGAUGACAUCAAGUGACCUACAAAAAGAAUGGCAAACGGCAGCUGGGGUGAAGUGCACGGCGAGGACGGUUCGAAACAGGCUCCUAGGGGCAUGGCUGAAGUUGUGCAAAGCUAGAAAAAAGCCCUUCAUCAAUGAGAAGCAAAGAAGAGCCAGGCUGAGGUUUGCAAAAGACCAUAAGGAUUGGACCGUAGAGAACUGGAGUAAAUUAAUCUGCUCUGAUGAGUCCAAUUUUCAGCUUUGCCCAACACCUGUUCGUCUAAUGGUUAGACGGAGACCUGGAGAGGCCUACAAGCCACAGUGUCUCGCACCCACUGUGAAAUUUGGUGGAGGAACGGUGAUGAUCUGGGGGUGCUUCAGCAAGGCUGGAAUCGGGCUGAUUUGUCUUUGAAGGACGCAUGAAUCAAGCCACGUACAAGGUUGUCCUGGAAGAAAACUUGCUUCCUUUUGCUCUGACAUUGUUCCCCAACUCUGAGGAUUGGUUUUUCCAGCAGGACAAUGCACCAUGCCACACAGCCAGGUCAAUCAAGGUGUGGAUGGAGGACCACCAGAUCAAGACCCUGUCAUGGCCAGCCCAAUCUCCAGACCUGAAACCCAUUGAAAACUUCUGGAAUGUGAUCAAGAGGAAGAUGGAUGGUCACAAGCCAUCAAACAAAGCCGAGCUGCUUGAAUUUUUGCGCCAGGAGUGGCAUGAAGUCACCAAACAUCAAUGUGAAAGACUGGUGGAGAGCAUGCCAAGACGCAUGAAAGCUGUGAUUGAAAAUCAGGGUUAUUCCACCAAAUAUUGAUUUCUUAACUCUUCCUAAGUUAAAACAUUAGUAUUGUGUUGUUUAAAAAUGAACAUGAACUUAUUUUCAUUGCAUUAUUCGAGGUCUGACAACACUGCAUAUUUUUUAUUUUGACCAGUUGUCAUUUUCUGCAAAUAAAUGCUCUAAAUGACUUUUUUAUUUGGAAUUUGGGAGAAAUGUUGUCAGUAGUUUAUAGAAUAAAAGAAAAAUGUUAAUUUUACCCAAAUAUAUAUAUAUAUAUAUAUAUAUAUAUAUAUAUAUAUAUAUAGUAAAACCAGAGAAACUGAUAAUUUUGCAGUGGUUUUCCAGAGCUGUAUAUAUGUAUGUAAUUUCAUGUUGCUCCUUCGCACCAGAUGUUUGCGCCUCAUUAAAAGAUAUCAUGAUUCCACAGUUUGACGGCGGCCUUCAGCAAUGUCACGUUUCUUUGCCACCGGGUCCGACAGCGAGUCGGAGGAGUCCUCGUCAGCUGACGAGAUCACCCCUAAAGCACCCGGAACUACUUUCACCAAACAGUCAGUACUACUUUCUCUCGCCGUAACCUCAGUCACACUAACUUUUGUUUCUGCAGCUCUCUCACUUUUCCACAUUUGGUCCUUGUAGGUCAUUGCUACUUAGUGACGAUGAGGAGGACACCAAGAGAGUGGUGCGCAGUGCCAAGGACAAGAGGUAGGUCAUUUACUCUACUCCAUGAUCCAAAGAACCAUCUCCUUAGCCUUGUCCCUGAUCUGGUUGGGCUGUAUAGCCAACUCCUAUGGUAGUUGUCAUGCCGUUUGGCUAACAACGAUCAUAGGAGUUGGCAAUACAGCAAAGGCAUAACUGAUCUGGGACCAGGCUACCACCCAUAGGAGUUGGCUGCACAGCGUAAACAUAUCUGGGACCAGACUAACAUCCCCCGACUGUCUGAGGCAGUCCAGUAUGUGUUGUUAGUAUGCCUUCCCUGGACUAUGCCAUCUAACCCAUUCUUAUGUCCCAGGUUUGAGGAGCUGACUAACCUGAUCAAGACGAUCCGCAACGCAAUGAAGAUCCGAGACAUGUCCAAGUGUCUGGAGGACUUUGAGCAGCUCUGUCGAGCGUUCCUCAAAAGCAAGACUAUAGUGGACAAGGAAGGGGUGCCCCCCUUCUACAUCCGUCUUCUGGCCGACCUGGAAGACUAUUUGAAUCAGGUAAACCUUCACAGUUCACACUGUUUCUGCAUGUGAAACUGCUCGACUGUCAGCCCUGUGACAUCUUGGGACUAUAAGGUUCUAUCUGUGCAAUGCAUAGUUCUGAGAUGUUGAGCAUCAGUUUUCACAUCCCAGAUCUCAGAGUUGUUUUGUAGUGGAUUUUUCUUUCAUAACCCAUUAAGGGUCUCGCCUUAAAGGUACAUAGGGCUGUGGCGGUCACGAAAUUUCGUCAGCCGGUGAUUGUCAAGCAAAUAACUGUCAGUCUCACGGUAAUUGAUGUUAAUUAACAUGAACACAUUUAGCAUCUCCUGGCUUCCACACACAGCCUACAAGCCACUGAUGCAGACCUUUGGAACAUCUACAUUUAUAAAAGUAUAAUAAAUCCAUGUAACAUAGCUUACACCAUUUAUUUAAUUUAGACAGGUCUAAAAAAGCAUGUAGUCUAUUUCAGAAGAACAGAAUAGCCUACUCUGUCCUUAUGUUAGGUCCUGAUCUGGCUAUGCUAAAUGUGAUUUAUGAAGACGCACUCCUACCUCUAUCCUAAACACGAUGAUGUUUAAUGUUUUCCUACAGCUUUGGGAGGACAAAGAAGGCAAGAAGAAGAUGAACAAGAACAACGCCAAAGCCCUCAGCACCCUGCGGCAGAAGAUCCGCAAGUACAACCGGGAUUACGAGACAGAAAUCACCAGCUAUAAGGAGGUGAGGCUUUUCACUAUGACAACAAAGGAUGGUAGAUUCUUAGGAAUCUCUUUCAAAAACGGUGCAAAUAACAUUUACCAAUAAGGAACGCACAUAUGAAACUACAUUUGAAGAAUCCACAUAUUCAUUAUGGCAAAAGAAAUUGAACAUUCAGUGCCUUCAGAAAGUAUUCACACACCUUGAUUUCUUCCAUAUCUUGUGUUACAGCCUGAAUAAAAAAUUGAUUGCGUAUGAAAAUGUAUGCACUCACUAACUGUAAGUCGCUCUGGAUAAGAGCGUCUGCUAAAUGACUCAAAUGUAAAUUUAAGUUACGAUUUUUUUUGUUACUGGCCUACACACAAUACCCCAUAAUGUCAAAGUGGAAUUAUGUUUUUCGAAAAUGUUUCAAAUGAAUGAAAAGCUGAAAUGUCUUGAGUAAGUAUUCAACCCAUUUUGUUAUGGCAAGCCUACAUAAGUUCCGUAGUAAUAAUGUGCUUAACAAGUCACAGAGUAAGUUGCAUGGACUCACUGUGUGCAAUAAUAGUGUUUAACAUGGUUUUUUGAAUGACUACCUCAGCCCUGUACCCCACACAUACAAUUAUCUGUAAGGUCCCUCAGUCGAGCAGUGAAUUUCAAACACUGAUUCAACCACAAAUACCAGGGAGGUUUUCCAAUGCCUUGCGAAGAAGGGCACCUAUUGGUAGAUGGGUAAAAAGAAGCAGACAUUGAAUAUCCCUUUGAGCAUGGUGAAGUUAUUAAUUACACUUUGGAUGGUGUAUCAAUACACCCAGUCACUACAAAGAUACAGGCGUCCUUCCUAACUCAGUUGCCAGAGAGGAAGGAAACCGCUCAGGGAUUUCACAAUGAGGCCAAUGGUGAUUUUAGUAUAAUGGCUGUGAUAGGAGAGUACUGAGGAUGGAUCAACAACAUUGUAGUUUUACUACACAAGACUAACCUAAUGCACAGAGUGAAAAGAAGGAAGGCUGUACAGAAUAAAAAAUAUUCCAAAACAGGAAACAAGGCACUAAAGCAAUACUGGAAAAAAAGGCAAAGCAAGUAACUUUUUGUCCUGUUGUGUUUGGGGCAAAUCCAAUACAACACAUUACUGUGUACCACUCUCCAUAUUUUCAAGCAUAGUGGUGGCUGCAUCAUGUUAUGGGUAUGCUUGUAAUCGUUAAGGACUGUGGAGUUUCAGGAUAAAAAUAAAUAAACGGAAUGGAGCUAAGCACAGGCAAAAUCUGGUUGUCUGCUUUCCAGAUGAAUUGACCUUUCAGCAGGACAAUAACCUAAAAUACAAGGCCAAAUCUACGCUGGAGUUGCUUACCAAAAAGACGGUGAAUGUUCCUGAGUGGCCGAGUUAGAUUUUCAAGCAGAUUUAAGUAAAAACUAUGGCAAGACCUGAAAAAUGGUUGUCUAGUAAUCAUCAACAACCAAUUUGACAGAGCUUGAAGAAUUCUGAAAAAAAUAAUUGGCAAAUGAUGCAUAAUCCAGGUGUGGAAAGCUCUUAGAGACUUACCCAGAAAGACUCAUAGCUGUGAUCGCUGCCAAAGGUGAUUCUAACAUCUAUUGACUCAAGGGGUUGAAUACUUAUCUGAUCAAGAUGUUUUUUUCUCCUCCUUUUUGUAAUUGUUAGAAUUUUUCUUUGUAGGUUGUUGUCCAAAAAAUGACAAUGAAGUCCAUUUUAGGCCCUCUUUGUAACAACAAAAUGGGGAAAUAUUCAAGGGGAGUGAACACUUUCUGAAGGCACUAUUCCAAAGCCCAAAUCACACAGGGAGAGUUUGAGUUUUUUUAGCGUGCUUAUGCUGGAAAUCGAAUGCAUGGGAGCGAAUGAGAGAACAGAUGUGCCGGGAGCGUCAACGGUGUCACAAGCAUAUAGAGCGUCAAGCUAGGAAGCAAGUCUAUUGUUCUUGUGUCUACGCGGAGCAAUGCGGGUCAAAUUUGAUUAUAAAUAGUCCGUACAGUUGUGGUAAAAAGUUUUGAGAAUGACACAAGUAUUGGUCUUCACAAAGUUCGCCGCUUCAGUGUUAUGAGAUUUUUGUCAGAUGUUACUAUGGUAUACUGAAGUAUAAUUACAAGCAUUCCAUAAGUGUCAAAGGCUUUUAUUGACAAUUACAUUAAGUUUAUGCAAAGAGUCUUUUUCAAGACCUCUGCAAUCCGCCCCGGCAUGCUGUCAAUGAACUUCUGGGCCACAUCCUGACUGAUGGCAGCCCAUUCUUGCAUAAUCAAUGCUUGGAGUUUGUCAGAAUUUUUGGGUUUUUGUUUGUCCACCCGCCUCUUGAGGAUUGACCACAAGUUCUCAAUGGGAUUAAGGUCUGGGGAGUUUCCUGGCCAUGGACCCAAAAUGUCGAUGUUUUGUUCCCCGAGCCACUUAGUUAUCACUUUUGCCUUAUGGCAAGGUGCUCCAUCAUGCUGGAAAAGGCAUUGGUUGUCACCAAUCUGUUCUUGGAUGGUUGGGAGAAGUUGCUCUCGGAGGAUGUGUUGGUACCAUUCUUUAUUCAUGGCUGUGUUCUUGGGCAAAAUUGUGAGUGAGCCCACUCCCUUAGUUAAGAAGCAACCCCACACAUGAAUGGUCUCAGGAUGCUUUACUGUUGGCAUGACACAGGACUGAUGGUAGCGCUCACCUUGUCUUCUCUGGACAAGGUGUUGUCCGGAUGCCCCAAACAAUCGGAAAGGGGAUUCAUCAGAGAAAAUGACUUUACCCCAGUCCAAUCCCUGUACCUUUUGCAGAAUAUCAGUCUGUCCCUGAUGUUUUUCCUGGAGAGAAGUGGCAUCUUUGCUGCCCUUCUUGACACCAGGCCAUCCUCCAAAAGUAUUCGCCUCACUGUGCGUGCAGAUGCACUCACAGCUGCCUGCUGCCAUUCCUGAGCAAGCUCUGCACUGGUGGUGCCCCGAUCCCGCAGCUGAAUCAACUUUAGGAGACGGUCCUGGCGCUUGCUGGACUUUCUUGGGCGCCCUGAUGCCUUCUUCACAACAAUUGAACCUCUCUCCUUGAAGUUCUUGAUGAUCCGAUAAAUGGUUGAUUUAGGUGCAAUCUUACUAGCAGCAAUAUCCUUGCCUGUGAAGCCCUUUUUAUGUAAAGCAAUGAUGACCUUACGUGUUUCCUUGCAGGUAACCAUGGUUAACAGAGGAAGAACAAUGAUUUCAAGCACCACCCUCCUUUUAAAGCUUCCAGUCUGUUAUUCUAACUCAAUCAGCAUGACCGAGUGAUCUCCAGCCUUGUCCUCGUCAACACUCACCUGUGUUAAGGAGAGAAUCACUGACAUGAUGUCAGCUGGUCCUUUUGUGGCAGGGCUGAAAUGCAGUGGAAAUGUUUUUUGGGGAUAAAGUUCAUUUUCAUGGCAAAGAGGGACUUUGCAAUUCAUCUGAUCACUCUUCAUGACAUUCUGGAGUAUAUGCAAAUUGCCAUUAUCAAAACUGAGGCAGCAGACUUUGUGAAAAUUAGUAUUUGUGUCAUUCUCAAAACUUUUGACCACGACUGUAGUCCACCGCACACCCAAAACCGGUAAGUGAAGGUGCUGGAGGCAAAACUAAAAAAACAGGAAAAACUUAGGGUGUCGAUUUACUGAGUGACAUGCUAAUCAAUUCAAAUUACGAGUGGAAUCUUACUCUGUGGCUAUGGAAGCUAGUGGAAACCGAGAGGGAGCGAGCCUGCGACAGUGUAUUAGAUGGGAAAAUCUCUAAUCAAAGUAAAUGUUCUAUCACAUUAGCAAUAUUUAUUUUUGGGAAGCCGAAUUGAUUCUGCGUUCGGGCAUAUCAAGUUUUAAAUGUGAAAACUGUUUAUAAGAUGCAUGUGUACUUUCAGAUUUUCCGAACUCUUUCCCUUGUUUUAAUCAGUUGCGUUGCUGGCGCUUUGAAGUCCAGAAUGCAGGGGGAUGGUUCUAGAUGGUGAUUGACUGAGAGAUCAGCCAAAUUUAAACCGCCGGCCGUUUUCGCUGAUCCUGCCAUUAACCUAUGCGGAGUCGGCAGAAAACACUAACAUCUGUUUUUUUGGGAUACAGCAUUUUCAACCUAACUUCCAUUUCCACUGAAAGACUGAAGUGGGAACUCCGCUCAGGUGUCUUUCUACGCCUGCUAUGUUAGGUUACCUGCCAUAGACUCCCAUAGUUCCAUUCUGAGGCGCUGUGAAACCAGACUGUUUGACAGAGACAGAAGGUGGAUGAGAUUAAUCUCCACCUGACUGACCGAAAGCUCCGGUACUAUUAAAAUACAUUUAGUAUCUGACUGGAAGUGUGCAGAGUUUUUCCAGUUUUACCUCUGGAAUUGUGAAAUGUAUAGUUGGUGUCUAUUUAAUGUUACAUUUAACUGCAAGCCAACGUUUUGUAUAGGCUUGUGCUUAUGAAAAACGGCAUGACUGCAACGACAUUCUAGUACAUUUAUAAACUGGAUUGUGUUUCAGAAUUAUAUCAGGUUGUCAAUGUAAUUUCUUGACAGUAUCAUCGUUGUUGCUUACAACCGAAUUGAUUUGAUACAGUUCAAACAAAGUGCAUGGUUAGUGGUUCAAAUGAAUCAAAUGUGGUUGUGGUUUAGAGAUUGAGUGGAUCGUUUGUAGAAAGGGAAUUUGAAGAAUUGCUAUGAUCGUCCAUACUUUGCUAGGUAAAGUUGUAUGGUUAAAAACAUAUGUUGGGCUGUAGGCUAUGGUUUAUCUGACAAAUAGGCUACCUAUUUGAAAUCAAUGCAGUAGCCUACCUGUGAUUUCGAUCAUGGGCAUAUAGCCUAGAAUACGACUGGUAAACUUGUAUGAGGUUGCUCCGAUUUUCAAGAGAAUAUAGCUGUUUUUAUAAUGGCUUUUCAUGACAAUUAUGCUGGCGUACACUACGCAGUCUGGGAAUUAACUCUUGCACGCAUAAAUUCACUCCGACGUCCCCCUUGUGAUUUCGACUUAAUAAUGAACCUUUCCCAAGACACUCCGAGCCAGGGUGAGAUGCUUGGUUCCUACUAAUGGCAAUCUUACUUUUCUCGCUCUCAUUCAGAACCCAAUGGCGUCAGCGGAUGAGGAGGAGGAGAAGGAUGAGGUUGAAUCAGGUGAGUUUCUUACCACACCUUUUCAUUACACCUCGAGCUAUGCCUACAGUAAAUGCCAGUAAUGGAAGACUCAAGUCUGCUUUUGUCAUUUGGGUGCUAGCCCAUAGUAAAGUAAGUAGCCUUGUCCAAGCCAGAACCGACCAUAGGGCAGGAGACUACCUCCUGUUUUGGUAUAAUGAGACGGCUUGAUGUACUAGUACACCCCCUGGAUGCUAAUCUAUUGCAGGGCUUCUGUUCUGCUGGAGGCUAGGCGAACUGAACGAGUGUGCUCACAUACUCUCUUAAAAGACAUUCUCUUGAGAAAUGAGAGAAAAGCGGCCAUAGUACUGUUUGCCCAUUUAGAGAAGCUGUAGCCAGUAUACAUUUCCUCGAAAUAGUCAGAAUUAAUUUAAGAUAACUCAAGAAAUCUGUCAUUUAAUUUUGAAGUUUUUGUCGAGGAGAUAUUAGUCGCGCAAUUUUACAUCUUAAGAUGUUGUUUGCAAUAUUUGUCAAUACAUUUUUUUACAUUAAAACGAGGCGUGUCUCGUUGAACGACAAUACUUUACUAAAGAACCCCUACUGUUGACCAAUCACCAACGAAGGGGUGUAGACUUCGGCUACUGACUUCGGCUUGCCAAAACGAACAACAAUGUCACAAAAUGUUGUCAUAAUAUAUUCACGACUGCUUCCGAACUGUUUCGGCUGGGAAGCAUGCGGACACCUUUACCCCCAAUCAUCUCCUUAAUGCUGAGUGCCAAGCAGAGAGGCAUUGGGCCCAUUUUUAGAGUGGUAUGAUUUGACUGGGGAUCAAAUCCCCAACUUUACAGUCACAGGGCGCCAUUGAUACAUUAAUUCUAUGGACUAUCCACUGUUUUUUAACUGCUGUUUUCUUUCUAAUCACCUUGGUGUCUGUAGGGUCGUCGUCAGAUAGUGACGAAGAGCCGGGAGCUGCCAAGAGCUUCCUGAAGAAGAAACCAGCUGCCGAGGCGGCAGCACCACCGCCGGACGCCAGCAAGUUCCUGAAGACAGCAGCGGUAAGAUGGAGGAUGCCCUCAGUGGCUCUAUUGCAGUGCGCAGUUAUUGGCAAGCACAAUCGCUUGAAAAUUAAGUAAGCCAGAAAUGUGACAUUUCUCUGUUUUGGCUGAGGGGGCUGCCUAAUCAGAAAGCACUAUCAUUUCUCCCUACCAAGCCAGUCAAUCUUUGUUAUUGUCCACCAUCACUUUAAUCUAACAUGUGUGUAUUGUGUAAUGACUGUGUACAUUGUCGUCUUCUACAGGACAAGGAAGCUUCCAGCAGCAGUGAUGAGGAUGACGAAGACUGGGACUCGGACACUGCGGAAAGCGGCAGCGGUAGUGAAGAUGAAGAGGGCAAGAAUGCCUCAAUGGCCCAAAUCUUCCUCAAGAAGUCAGUCCCUUUCCCUGUCCUUUUUACAACAUCAUCCUUUUUACCUCACGCGUUAGGACAGAAUGAUUGUGGAUUGAGUCUAUCACUGCCUGUGUAGCCGAACAUUGCUCUACUUCUAAACAUCCUGCCUCUUACUUUAAUUCAGGAGCUCUCACUCUGUAUGUAAAACUAUACUCUAGAGCAGGGGUCGGCAACAGAUGCCCUGCGGGCCAAAUUCAGGCCCAUGAUUUCAUUUGGCCCCUCAGUUUUCUUAGUUAAGAAAAAUAAAUUAGGUUCUGGCCCCCCGACCUUCUGUUCCGGGAAGAAAUCAGCCGACAACAGAAUCUAGUUGCCUACCCCUGCUCUAGAGACGCGUGUCUCUGACCUCAGAUCAGUUUUAGACACUGUCUGACAAAGUAUUUACAACAUCCCAUUCUGUCUCGCCAGGCCCGGUAGCGAGGCCGAGCGACACACCAGCGAGAAGAAAAAGGAGGAUAGGAAGAAGAGACACAAGCGGAAGGAGCGCCUGGAGGAAGAGGCAGAGGAAGAGGCCCAAGAGGAGGGUGAAGGCGAAUGGGAGAAGGUGAAGGGAGGAGUGCCCCUCGUUAAGGUGGGUAAUCAAGUCAUGUCAUGACAAUACAAAGAGUAUCCUCACUACACUUAUCUAUAUAUAUGGUUCAUGUUCAUUAGGCACCAAAUGUAAGAAAACUGAUUGAAACGUGGAGGGACCACUUGGACUUUACCAACAAGAAACGCUAAUUUUUGUUUUCCAUUGCAAAACGUUUUAAAGCAUUUUCUGUUGCGUGUCCAAAUGAACACGACCCAAUGGUCCUAUAGACUUGGGCCCGGAGUCAUAACGCGUCUGAGUAAAAGUGCUGCUAAUUUAGGAUCAGUUCUGCCUUUUCGAUUGUAAUGAAUAGACGGGGGACCUGAUCCUAGAUUAGCACUCCUACUCUGAGACGCUUUGUUAAUACAGACCCAAACCUGCCAGAGGAUGUGUUUGGUGUGCUAAUUGCUUCUCCCGACAGGAGAAGCUUCAGAUGUUUGCCAAGGGAACAGAGAUCAACACAACAGUUGUGGUAAAGAAACUCAAUGAGAUUCUGCAGGCCCGUGGAAAGAAGGGAACAGACAGGUACAACUCAUUUGACCACAUUUACAUAAAUGCUCUGUCCCCCCCAAAAAAUGGGGUUUCUUUUGCGACCAGACAAAAACUCCAUUGAGUAAAAGCCCUAGCCGAUAUGACACCAACGCCUGAAAAGACCCAAAACUAACCUAACACUGUCCCUACACCCCUUGUUCUCUCUACCUUCUGCUCUGUUCAGAGCUGCCCAGAUCGAGCUUCUCCACGCUCUGGCCAACAUCUCCAACGAGAACAACCUGGGUGAGGGCAUCCUGGUCAAGAUCAAGUUCAACAUCAUCGCCUCCCUGUACGACUACAACCCCAACCUGGCUGCCUUCAUGAAGGUCAGACUCACUGCUGUUAAAUGAUAAUUUGUUAAAUGCUUAAUUGUUAAUUUACUAAUUGCCAAAUGCUAAAACCUUCCUGCCUCCUCCAUGGAUGUGUGGCUAUGCUAACCGGAUAGAAAGACUUUCCGUCGUUGUCUGAAAGGGUUGAGCCUGAGCGACCUUAAUUCCGCCAACUCUAUGAAAUGGAGAAAAUCUGCAAUCCUACAAUAAUGGCGAUUCCAUCCCUUUUAAUAAUACCCCAAUAGUAGUUCAAGUUGUACUUUGUCCAUUUUUUAAAAUGUCUUCUCAGAAUCACGUUUAUUCACCAAGUACAUUUACAAGUAAUUUGUCCUGGCGUAAUGGUGCUGACAACCAUAAACUCCCGUGUCCAGCCCAGAUUCUCCUGUAUCCGUCCCUGAGCGUGGCCCCAAUUCCCACUAAUAUUCUCCACAUCCCCUUUACAUGUUCCGCACCACCCCUCUCCCAGGCUGACAUGUGGAAGACCUGUCUGGACUGCAUUGACGAGCUGCUGGACAUCCUCUUUAACAACAACAACAUAUUUAUCGGCGAGAACAUCGCCGAGGACAGUGAGAACCUGGCCAUCGCCGACUCUCAGGUAAUUCUCUCACAGAAAACUCUUAAAGUGAAUGUUUGGUUGAUUGAAUUUCUUACAGUGAAUUAUUGAUUGGUUGGUUGAAUUUAUUUGAACUACUCCAAACAAGAAGUUCCCUCACAGGAAAAUAAAGCUCUAAUAUAAUUUUAAAAUGAAUAAAUACGUAUACAAUCAAGAACAAGCAUUAUGUACGUUAGAAAAACCUAUCAAAUAUAACAAUCUUUUACUUAUUUCCAUAUUGGUCCUUUUGGCAAGAAUAGGCAGGCUUGGCAAGAAUGACAAUACACUUCAUGUGAUAGGUUACAGUUUACAGUAGAAGUAGAUUGUCCAGCUAAAGUCAGUUUCUCCAUCUUCCUCAGCCAUUCAGGGUGCGCGGCUGCAUUCUGACCUUGGUGGAGAGGAUGGACGAGGAAUUCACCAAGAUCAUGCAGAACACUGACCCCCACUCUCAAGGUGAGGCCCUCCCAUAGUGUAUGUGCCAUUUUGGAUCCACAUCCCCAUUUUCACAUUAUAGAGGUCACUUGUGCGUUUGCCAAGGACAAAACUAAAUUGAUACUCAAUCACUAUAGACACAUAUGAAGUAAAAUGAUUUAUAGAGUAGACAGCAAUAGAAUUCCUAUGAAAACCUGUACCAUGUACCCUUAACACAUUGGGAUCACUUUUUCAGCUACGAAAACCCAUACCCAUAAUUAGUGUGUUUCCUUACCACUGCGUUUUGAUCUGAUAUCUCUUUCACACUCACUUUCAAUCUUACAUGAUCAUAUUCAAUCACUCACUCUCCAUAUCUCCCCCAGAAUACGUGGACAACCUGAAGGACGAGGGGCGUGUGUGCGGCAUCAUCGACCGCCUGCUGGGCUACCUGGAGACCAAGGGCAGCACGGAGGAGGUGUGCCGCGUCUACCUACGCCGCAUCAUGCACACCUACUACAAGUUUGACUACAAGGCUCACCGACGCGCCCUGGGCCUCCAGGGAGAGACCAAGGUAAGAAAACUGACAGAGACCCCAACAUAGACAUAAAAUGACUUCCUUGUUAUGGGUACACUAAAUAUGGCAGCCGGUCCACACAUAGAACUUGAAUGGGAAUGUCUGUUUUGGUAAUUCUAUUUCAAUGGACCCCAAGGCUGCAUCUCAAUUGUAAAAAAUGACUUCCUCGUCUCCUCUUUCUCGUUUGAAAUUGCAGGAUAGGAGAGGUGUAAGCAAUAUGGCGGAUACUCACUAGGAAUUUGUGUAGAACUUAUCAGACUAUUGAGGGCCCCCUAAAUAGUCAAUUGAAUGCUUUUCCCGACUAUGAAUACUUUCCCAAGUGUUAAUUGGAUACAAAAUAAUUAUUAUCCAUGAGCUAAUGUCAUAACCCAACCUUGUACUCAGCUCACAUUGAGUUCCUCUCCACCUUUGUCUCUCUACCUCCUUCCUAGUCUGAGCAGGAUGCGGAGGAGAGCGAGGGUGAGGACAGUGCUUUCAUCAUGGACCGCCUGUGCAAGUUCAUCUACGCCAAGGACCGCACGGACCGCAUCCGCACGUGCGCCAUCCUGUGCCACAUUUACCACCACGCGCUGCACUCGCGUUGGUACCAAGCCCGUGACCUGAUGCUCAUGAGCCACCUGCAGGAUAAUAUUCAGCACGCCGACCCACCUGUACAGGUAUGAACACGUGAGUGUAGGGGCACACACACACACACACAACACAGGGCAGCAGCCAAGAUGUUCAUACAAGCCUGCUGGGCAACAUCUGCAGUGGUGUAAAAUACUCAGGUAAAAAUACUUGAAAGUACUACUUCAGUAGGUUUUUUGGGGGGUAUCUGUACUUUACUUUACAAUUUUAUAAUUUUGCCAACUUUUAUUUUUACUUCACUACAUUCCUUGCUCCCAAGGAUAAACCAGACUUGUGGAGGUCUACAAUUUUUUUCUGAGGUCUUGGCUGAUUUCUUUUGAUUUUCCCAUGAUGUCAAGCAAAGAGGCACUGAGUUUGAAGUUAGGCCUUGAAAUACAUCCACAGGUACACCUCCAAUUGACUCAAAUGAUGUCAAUUAGUGUAUCAGAAGCUUCUAAAGCCAUGACAUCAUUUUCUGGAAUUUUCCAAGCUGUUUAAAGGCACAGUCAACUUAGUGUAUGUAAACUUCUGACCCACUGGAAUUGUGAUACAGUGAAUUAUAAGUGAAAUAAUCUGACUGUGAACAAUUGUUGGAAAAAUUACUUGUCAUGCACAAAGUAGAUGUCCUAACCGACUUGCCAAAGCUAUAGUUUGUUAACAAGAAAUUUGUGGAGAGGUUGAAAAACGAGUUUUAAUGACUCCAACCUAAGUGUAUGUAAACUUCCGACUUCAACUGUGUGAAGUGUGUGUAUGUGUAGAUAUAUAUAUAUAUAUAGAUAUAUAGAUAUAUAGAUAUAUAGAUAUCUCCCCACUUCUAAAACUAAAGUUGCGCCCCUGCUAAUAUCACAUAGGCUUUACUUUAUUCGGGGCUUAUUCACCAUCUAAGAAGGUGGAAACUCAACUUACUAAAUAUAAUAAGCUGCUAGUUAGAUGAAUUACAACUAACAAUACAUUUAAUGUCCUAAAAACUUUGCCACAUACUACCCAAUGAUAUCUAUAUAGGCCUAUGCAAUGGCCAAUAAGCGCUUUGCUCGCGCCGAAUCUCAAAGUUAAUUUGUUGUAAAAGCGUUGCUAAAACACUCAAUAUUUAGAGUUCAGAAAAUAAACAAAUGCAUGUAAUACCUACAUAAAGCUGAGACUCUCCUCAACUGUCUCAACAGUAGUUGCUUUCAAAACCGUUUUUUUCCGCGAUUUGCAUUUUGAAAUGUUGCGCAAUCAGAACACAUUUUCUCUUUCUGUCUACUCAAAGUGCCCAGGGGGGAGGGAGUGAGUCGCUCCCGCCAGCGAAACGGGCACAGGAGCAGGGCAGACACUUUGAUUGCAGGGAUCAGGAUAAGCCUGCUUGACCAAAUCAAGCUUUUAACCACCCCAAAAACAGAAAGCUUUGAGUAAAGUGAUCAACUACAAUUUGAAGCUCGCACCGAUGUGACCAAGAAAACAUUGAACUUGCACAACCACGUCAAACAGACUCAAAAUCCGACUAAAUUAUUGCACUCCGAAGCCCUACGCUAAAAAAAUUGUGCGUGUGUACACCUACACAGACUGAUAGAACUGUGUGUGUGUGACCAUGUCUUCCCCCCCCUCCAGAUCCUGUACAACAGGACCAUGGUGCAGCUGGGGAUCUGUGCCUUCCGCCAGGGCAUGAUCAAGGAUGCCCACAAUGCCCUGCUGGACAUCCAGUCGAGUGGCCGCGCCAAGGAGCUGCUGGGCCAGGGCCUGCUCAUGAGGAACAUGCAGGAGAGGAAUGCAGAACAGGAGAAGAUCGAGAAGAGGCGACAGGUAAGCUGCGGCUUGGCUAAGCUAAACUCAGCGGUAGAAACCACUGGUAGGCUACAGCUAGGCUAGGCUAAACCCAGCAGAAAAGACCACAGAUAAGCUAAGGCUGGGAUAGGUUGAAGCCAGCAGAACAGUAGUGGAUCGAAUACACUACAGGUAGGGUUUGGCUAGGCUAGGCUAGACUAAACCCAGCCGAGCAUGAAACGAUUGAAAAGAGACGACUGGUAGACCAAUCUCGGCUACACAGGUAGGCUAAACAUGUGGGCUAGGCAAAACCUGACCACGUCGGGGUCACAGACCUCUUCUGCGUAGCUUCCGAGCUGUAAAGCCUUUGUCUGGAAAGAUGAAAUACAGAUUUUCACGUUAUUAGGCCUAAAGAUAUUUUUAUUAAUAAUGAUAAUGUAUGCCAUUUAGCAGCUGCUUUUAUCCAAAGCGACUUACAGUCAUGUGUGCAUACAUUUUUCCGUAUGGGUGGUCCCGGGGAUCGAACCCACUACCCUGGCGUUACAAGCGCUGUGCUCUACCAAUUGAGCUACCGAGGACCAGAGUCUGUUAUACUAGUCUGUUUUGACUAUUGUACAGUUUUACACUGAUACACUACACUGACUGGGUUUGGUUUACGACGUGACAUUGUUGUCCAUCUUGUUCCAGGUGCCCUUCCACAUGCACAUCAACCUGGAGCUGCUGGAGUGCGUGUACCUGGUGUCUGCCAUGCUGCUGGAGAUCCCCUACAUGGCGGCCCACGAGUUUGACGCCCGCCGCAGGAUGAUCAGCAAGCAGUUUCACCACCAGCUGAGGGUGGGCGAGAGACAGCCCCUUCUUGGUACGUGCAGUAGACAGUGGUGACAAGGCAGGGUUGUGUUCAUUAGGCACCAAAUGGAAGAAAACAUACUGAAAUGGAGAGGGACUAUUCUGGAACUGUCCAAAAAGAAACUCUCAUUUCGGUUUUAGAAAAUUGCGUGCCCUAAUGAACACUAGUUUAGGACCAAAAGGUGGGUGGGCACAAGUAACUCAUACCUAGAAAAGAGACUGACAGACAGGACUUAAGUAAGACAUAGGGGUGAAAACUGUCGUUUUUAUUCUGAUUGGCCUUCAAAAUAUCCAGUAAUCCUGAGAUGUCAACACACAAUGUACAUUUAGGGAUGUUGCGGUGACCGUAAUACCGCCACACCGGCAGUCAUGACCGCAGUCAAAUUUCACAUGACCGUUGAGUCACGGUAAUCUCCUCUUAUGCACUUGACAUGCGUUGGCAGUACUCAACUCGCUAACGACCAUCAGGUCCUAAUGGCCUGGUACUCAGGGCUCUAUUGUCCCUCUAACCAUCAGGUCCUAAUGGCCUGGUACUCAGGGCUCUAUUGUCCCUCUAACCACUGUGACAUCAAUGCAAAUGCAAUCGAAAAUCUCAUCAAACACUUUAAAACUGUAUCUUGCUUUUAAAACUCACCGUUAGGCUACAUUUUUGGACCUCGCUGUGAUGGUCAUACUGCAAACACUGUAAUCUGGUAGGCCUAUAGUGCACUUGAUUUGCUCUCCGGGUCCGCCGGUAAGGCAGAGUUUGUACCUUCAGACGCAUGAAAUGGUUCAAAAUCAGAACACUUUGCCUACCUGGCGCACAGGGCAGUUGAAUCUGGUGCACCUACCGCGCGAUCGACCGGUUGGUGACCACUAGUUGGUACAUUGAUUGUGCAAGGCGGCUUACAGAGGUGUCUUACAAUUAUAGUGUAUUUGAUUUAGACUAGCCUAGUAAUGGGGCUUUUUUUUUUGUGUAUAUAUAAUUUAAUAGGCUGGCUCACCACCGUGCGUUUCCAUCUCCUCCUCCUCUCUCUCCUUCAUUCCUUUCUUGUGUGUGCAGAGAUGGGGGCUGUCAACAGUUUUAUCAAAUAUGUUUUGUUGUGAAACGUUCCCAAACAGAUUUCACUUGGUUUACCAAAUUAAGCACUGGGUAGCUGCAGGAACAUGAUUGGAGAGCCCAUGGCCUAAAGAGUUUGGGCAGAAUAUCACCUGUCGUGCAGCGAGUGGCUGCAUGCUCCUCAAACAGGGUUGAUGCGUGAAGUGAAAUAAGUGUUCUUAUAAGCCCAGAUAUUUCUAAAUACAAUCCCGUGUGAAAGUAUAAUUUUUUAUUUUAUUUUUUAAUGAUUGCCACUAAAAAGAGGAGGAUCCCACCUGCUACUAAGCUAUAUUUAUUUCUCAGUUGCUCUACUAUAAAAUCGGAGUUACUCCGGCUUAAAAUGAACUGCGGGAAAGCGGCCUCCAUUCGCUAUUCGAGUGCAUACGGAUGACAUGUAUUUUUUCCCCUGCCCAUUUGAUAAUGGGCUAUUCCAACUCAAAUACAUUUGACAUAUUAGUAAAGACAAGAUUUCAUUGAGAAUAGUCUUAAUGGGUGAAAAUAUGAUCACUUGAUGAGAGAACACCGUGUGCAGCCUGAGGCAAGGAACAGAGCACAAUCUUUUUUUGCAGCUUUUUAAAAUAGUCAAUAGCCUAUAGUCUCAUCAUGCAGCCCAUAUGUUUUGAUUUCUAAGACAUUCUAAGGUUUGCAUAAUUCACAACUAAAUUUGCCAAAUAACUAAAUCUAGCGUAUAGGACCUGUUUCAAAUGAUCACUUUUACGCUCAACAUGAGCACUUCAUAUGCACACUCGCUCCGGAAUGGGAAAAGGGUAUGUUGUAUUUUAUACUGCUAAGUUCAGUUAUAUUCUUACUACAUUUACAUUUACAUUUACGUCAUUUAGCAGACGCUCUUAUCCAGAGCGACUUACAUGAGCAAUUAGGGUUAAGUGCCUUGCUCAAGGGCACAUCGGCAGAUUUUUCACCUAGUCGGCUCAGGGAUUAGAAUCAGCGACCUUUCGAUUACUGGCACAACGCUCUUAGCCACUAAGCUACCUGCCGCCCCGGCAGGUAGCCGGGGCGGCAUAUAAAAAGCAUGUAGAAUAAAAUAAUGGCACUGGACUUAUAAGCAUAUCUUGUUUGCUAAAUAAACUAGCCUACAGCCUAUGGCAUGGCACAUAGCCAGAUAACAUACAGUAAGCAGACUCCUGUUCGGUUCUUCUGAAAUACAUUUUCUUCAUAUCAUAAUGUUUAUUUAGACCUGCCUAAAAUAAAUAAUGGAUGUAUUGUUAUGGUGUACAGUAGCAGUCAAAAGUUUGGACACAACUACUCAUUCAAGGGUUUUUCUUAAUUUUUACUAUUUUUUUUUACAUUGUAGAAUAAUAGUGAAGACAUAAACUAUGAAAUAAUACAUAUGGAAUCAUGUAGUGACCAAAAAAGUGUUAAACAAAUCAAAAUAUUCUUCAAAUAGCCACCCUUUGCCUUGAUGACAUCUUUGCACACUCUUGGCAUUCUCUCAACCAGCUAAUGAGGUAGUCACCUGGAAUGCAUUUCAAUUAACAGGUGUGCCAUCUUAAAAGUUAAUUUGUGGAAUUUAUUUCCUCUUAAUGCGUUUGAGCCAAUCAGUUGUGUUGUGACAAGGUAGGGGGGCUAUACAGAAGAUGGUAAAAUACCAAUUCCAUAUUAUGGCAAGAACAGCUCAAAUAAGCAAAUAAAAUUGUACAAAUAAAGUAAAACCCUUGAAUGAGACGCACAUCAGCAGCUUGUAUGUGUAAUAUUGUGAAAGUUAUGAUGAUGCCCUCUUAGUGUAAGAGCUGUUUGAAAAGGCCCCCAGAAAUUUCAGUCUGUUUUGGUGGGAUGGAGUUUUGGCCUGCCUGUUGACAUCCCCAGGCAGAAAGAGUUCUAAACCUCUCUGCCAAUAACGACUCGUUUUCAGUUUUCCCCUCCCUACUCAGACCACUCCCAGACAAUCCUAGCAAAAUUCUUGAUUGAGAAAUUGCUCUUUUCUAAGAAGCUAUUUAAAAAGUAUAUUUUUGACCAUUUUAAUAGACAAGGGUGCUUAAUGGUUACUCAGAAAUGAUUGGAUAUUGAGAUAAAAAUGGCUGCAUUUGACCUUUUUUGUACAGCUAAUACAGACAAGUACCAAUACAGACACUACAAUGGACAUACAAACACUAAACAAAUCCAUCCUUCUUCGUGCCCCCUCCAGGUCCCCCAGAGAGCAUGCGCGAGCACGUGGUGGCGGCCAGCAAGUCCAUGAAGAUGGGCGACUGGCGCACCUGCCACUCAUUCAUCAUCAACGAGAAGAUGAACAGCAAGGUGUGGGAUCUGUUCCCUGAGACACAGUGUGUACGAGAGAUGCUCGUCAGGUGAGUGUUUCGAGAAUUGACGAUAAAUAAGGUCUGCAUCAACCCCCUCUUGUGCAACUGUCCCUAGUUUUAUCAGUAGUCGUAUUUCAGUAGGCAGUAUCAACCAAUCGCAGCCUGGAAUGGUUAAAUAAAAUGAAUUCAAUCAAGAUUGUCAAAUGAAAAUAAAACACUACCUUUUUAGAAGCUUUCUUUUGAAAAAUUAAGUUUCACACUCUAUUACUCACAGUAAUUGGUUAUUUCAUGACUGAACUAACGUUUCGGCAUCACAGUGCCUCCUUCAGAGGUAGCGUUCCUGUAACGUUUCCUGAUUGUUUGUGGUUGCAGGAAGAUCCAGGAGGAGUCUCUGAGGACGUACCUGUUCACCUACAGCAGCGUUUAUGACUCCAUCAGGUAAUAACUUUUACAACUAUUAGAGGUGGUUUCUCAGUUACAGAAUACGCCUAGUCUUGGACUAAAAAGCACAUUCAGUGGAUAUUCUUAACUGCUGUAUCCUGGUCCCCAUGCUAGUUUGUUGCAAGUCAGAUUUUUAAACAUGUCUUUUUGGAACUCCACUGCGAAAUACUUCACUAGUUUCCAUCUAGACCAGGGUUGGGCGACAUUACGAAAGCAUUGUCUAUCAACGAUGAUUGACAGCAAUCGUCAAUGGUGACGACAUUGUGAUAUGACAACGAUGUUUUAGCCCAGUGGUAUUCAAAGUCGGGGUCGCGAACCCAGGGAAUUGCAGAAAUUAAGAUGACAUAUUAUUGUAUGGGAUAAUAUACAAACGUUUUUGAGAAGGGUAACAAAAAUACAAUUUGAGUAAAUGUAUUCAUUGGACUCUUCAUUUUGAUAAGAGAUUAACAUUUAAUGAAUUGAAGGAUAUUUGUUGUUGUGAAAAUGAAAAAUCUAAACUAUUAAAGGUUGCGUCAUUAGAUUUGGGGUUCGGUCCCCAGAAAUUCUGGCGAAUAAAUUGGGUCCCUGCUGAAAAAGGUUAAAUACCACUGGUUUAGCCGAUUUGAACUUGACUGGCGCAGAGCAGUAAAAAACGGAAUGCAGGCCAAAAGGAGCAUGACUUUCUCCCGAUCAAACAAAUGUAACUGAGUUCCAUCUGUUAUUUGAAUAACCUAAAAACUUAAGGUAACCAGAGCGCUAAUAAUGAGAGAGAACAAACAAUAUCAAUAGACUAUAGAAAAAUGGAAUUACAAGUUUAAUCAAGUUAAAGCUUUUUAAGAAAUAAAUGAUUUAUGCUGCUGGGAAAAUCCCUCCAUGCAAGGUUGAAAACCAAAUGGCCAAUAGCCUAUCCUCUUACUAGGCCUAUCAUAAAAGGUUUAAGACAACUUUAUGAACAGUAGCUUAUUUCCCAAAUAUUCUAGCCUACACAGGUGUUGUGGCUUUCAAAAAGAACAAGAAUGAAAGUCUAUAUCCUAGGCAUAGGCUAUUCUCAAUCACCGCUUUAUGGGAGAGAGAACAACAGGGUCGAUUAGCAUUGUAUAUCACAAUGUUUUAUGGGUACAUAAUCACAAUAGGACAAAGGUUUACAUCACCCUCUAACAAACCCAAGCAAGACUACUUUGCUGUCAAACUAAUGUGAGAAGACUGGGUUUCUGAGGCUACCAUUUGGUUAUACAGCACAAAAUGAUCUGGGACCAGCCUACAUCUACUGUGCCUCAUCAUAUAAUUGGCUUGCCUGGUUAAAGAAUGGAAAAAUAACAUGAAUACAUUUCUCCUUCCCCUCUCUUUGACUCAGUAUGGAGACGCUGAAUGAAAUGUUUGAGCUGGAGCUGCCCACGGUGCACAGCAUCAUCAGCAAGAUGAUCAUCAAUGAGGAGCUCAUGGUAACACUCACGGCAUCAAUGAUCUCACAGGGAUGUGUGGUGUCAUGUGUAGACCGCCACAGCCCCAUUUGACUUAAUUAAGCUAGAUAUGAUUGUAUGAAUAUGAAGGUGUAAUAUGUUAAUGUCUGUGUUUGUCUGAAUGGCUUUCUCCUGUGCGUAUCUCUGUCUGUCCAUGUGUCAUCUGUGUCUCCCCUCCCCCAGGCAUCUCUGGACCAGCCCACCCAGACUGUGGUGAUGCACCGCACAGAGCCCACCUCCCUGCAGAACAUGGCCCUGCAGCUGGCCGAGAAGCUGGGCGGCCUGGUGGAGAACAAUGAGCGUAUCUUUGACCUCAAGCAGGGCGUCUACGGCGGCUACUUCAACAGAGGUUAGUGGGGCAGCCCCAUAGAAUACAUGCCAACCUGCACGCAUUUUGUGUAUCAUGCACACAAUUUGAGGUCAAAGUACGCUGGUACGAAAAACAACCCAGAAAUAUGCCAAAAUAGGCUUCUAGUUAUCACGUUGUUUUUGACUCAAAUGUUUGAAGUUGGAGCCAAUCAGAGGACUUGGGCAUGGUGAAAAAAUCUCUAGCUCUCCAACCCGCCCCCGUAGUCAUAGUAGUUUCCUCUCUCAAGCUGGAUGGCAGCACCCCACUUUGUCUGAUACCACUGAUGUGUGAGGAAAAAGGGUAGGGAAAAUGGAGAACGAACUGUUUGCCAAAUACAUGUUCCAAAAUUGUAUGCGUUAGUCAAGCACAUAUCCACUAUUAUUUCGUAGUUGGGUCCUUAGCUAAGGCGUCAUUAUGACAAAGGUAGAUAGCUACAGCGUUUAGUCAACUAAGCCAGAACACGUUCUUGCCCACACAUUCUUUGAUCUCCGCAACGGUAAUGGGCGCGAGCACAUUGACUAGCAAGGAAACGUGCAGUGUUGCGAUUAGUUCAGUGUGCGUCGCUGCGCGGAUGGAAACAGACAUGGCAGACAGGGCUGUUCCGCAAAGGUACGUUAGGCCUAAUAAUCUUUAGUCUGUUAAUUCAUCAGUUUUGAUCUGUCCUCUUGAUAUAGCUGUAUGUCAACAGUAGGCUGCUAAUAAUGGGAUAAUAGCCUAGUCAGUUCACCAAUAACAACAAGGCAUGUUGAAUGAAUGGUAGCCUAGUAGUCAGAUCUAACUUGAUGGAUUAGGUCAGGGAUAGAGAUCUGAAACAAGCUCAGAUAGGUCUAGUUCAGUUCUUUCAUAUUCCAAAUAGCCUACAGUAAGCUAGACUACUACAUUGCAUCCAGUAAUUGAAUUUUUCAGAAUUUUCUUCCCAAACAAAAUUAAGAAGCCCGUUUACAUUUUCAUUAGACUAUCCACAUAAAGACAAAUAUUAAUAAGAAUAAUCAUUACCCCUAAAUUGUACCUAAAAUAGAGACCAGCUCAAUUUCAUUGAGGAUCAAGCACAAGACUUCUGUGUUGGCUACAUUUUUAAAUAUAAUUUAAGACUGUUUCAGGAAAUGGCAGUUACAGGUUUAAAAAAAAAAAAAAAAAAAAAAAAGCUAAAUGCUCAGUCUUCGGACCUCCCCCCUACCCAAGCAUAGGUCUACAUCAGCACAACCUUGUCAGAAAAUCCUAGGGAGAGACUUGAUUUGUACAUUUAAAUGUAUUUCUAGUUGGCUACUGAAGAGCAGCCAAUUACCAAGUACAUUUACAUUUACAUUUUAGUCAUUUAGCAGACGCUCUUAUCCAGAGCGACUUACAGGAGCAAUUAGGGUUAAGUGCCUUGCUCAAGGGCACAUCGACAGAUUUUUCACCUAGUCGAUUCGGGGAUUAGAACCAGCGACCUUUCGGUUACUGGCAAUACGCUCUUAGGCAAUACGCUCUUAACCACUAAGCUAAGUACCCAUACGUCUAUAGACUACCAUUCCUACUGAGGCAGUCUUCUGCCAACAUCAUUAUUAGGCUAAAAAAGUGCAUUUGCCUAUGAUUUAAGCAGUGUGGGGUGUCGCAUGCGCGCCAUUGUGGUGUCCGGAGCCAGGGGUGCCGCUGCGCGGAAGUGGUACUCAUAAAAAUUAUUCUAGGUUGGCAGCUCUGCAUGUGCAGAGCCUUUGGUCUAGUGUAUUCGGUCUUCUCCAAGGUCCGGAGGGCCACACUUAAAUGUUUUUGUAAUUCCCCGCUGUCAAAAAUUUGCUAAAAAUAGUCCCAUAUCCAUCGCUUUUGGAAUUUAAUGCUCCCUGACUGUCUAGCAUUCGUUUUAGAAGACUAUUAGCAAGCUAUAAAAUAUAUUUAGGUUUAACACUUUUUUGUUUACUACAUGAUUCCAUGUGUUAUUUCAUAGUUUUGAUGUCUUCACUAUUAUUCUACAAUUUAAAAAUUUAAGAAAAACCCUUGAAUGAGUAGGUGUGUACAAACUUUUGACUGGUAGUUUAUAUCUGUUUACGAAGCAUGAGACGGUCCCGUGUCCACCUUUUCAUACGGUCUACCCUUCAUGUAUCUCACCCUCUACUUCUUAAUAUGUGCAAAUAAAACAUAAAAUUACUCAACACUACAGAGACAGAGGAGAGGCUGUUUAUCGUUAGCCAUGUAGGAGUCAAUUUAAACCAAAAUGAAGUGAGUACGCGUCAGGGAUGGCAGGUAGCUUAGUGGGUAAGAGCGUUGUGCCAGUAACCGAAAGGUCGCUGGUUCUAAUCCCCGAGCCGACUAGGUGAAAUAUCUGUCUGUGCCCUUGAGCAAGGCACCUAAUUGCUCCUGUAAGUCGCUCUGGAUAAGAGCGUCUGCUAAAUGACUAAAAUGUAAAUGUAAAAUGUUAUCACCCACCAUUACUAGAGACACGGUUUAGUUCACCCAGGAUCUUAAUCAGAUCAGUCUUUUAUCAAAUCAGUCAUAUAGAGUAGUCCCAUCUAUCGCACUAUCAAAUUAACUGAAAUGUGCUUAAAAUGUGGCAGCUUUCGGGGUAGACUGAAAUGCCUUACUCAUUUACAUUUGUCAUUUAGCAGACGCUCUUAUCCAGAGUGACUUAGAAAUUGGUGCAUUCACCUCAUAGCCAGUGGGAUAACCACUUUACAAUGUUUUUUUAUUUUUUAUGUACUCCUACAUAGUCCAACAAGAGCACAAAUACUAGCAUACUGAUUAUAUAUCAGUAUUUUGUUGAAAUAUGCCCCGCUACAUGAGAUGAUGAAAGUUGCCACAAAUACCACUUACUGAAUCCUCUUGGUGCUUAGGGACAUGACACAUAGGCACCACAUACAACAAGUAACACUGACUGUAAGUGAUUUGUUGGGUCCUGUGUGCGUGUGUCUAUUACAGAUCAGAAAGGAGGCUACCAGCAGAAGCAGGGUGGUUACAACAGAGGUAAGUGCCAAUCUUGUACAAACAGGGCAUCUGCCGUUGACCCUUAGAGUGUGUUUCCAUACCACUGACCACAAUAUUAUCCUUAGCCAACCUGGACAUUUCUUACAGUAGAUGCAUCGCAGGAAGUCGCUGUCCUGUAUUUUGUGAAUGUUUUAAAUGACCCCCCCCCCCCCCCCACCAUGUAUUGAAAUUUAAUUAUGAUGCAUGAUUCAUUGAAUAUGUUAAGAUGUUUGAGUGUAUUGCCUAUUUCACAGUACUGGGUCGGGCCAAGGUGUAUUGCGAUGGCCUGGUUACACAUCCACUAUAAAUGCUGGAACUGUGCCGGAGAGAGGACAAUGUGAAAAUAAAAUAUUAAGCUAGCACAGUACGAUACUGGCUGGCACGAUAGUAUGAAAAAGACAUGUGUCCGCCUGUAGGCAAUCAACAUGUAUUGUGUGAAAAAGAAAAUGUAUAUACAGUGUAUUCGGAAAGUAUUCAGACCCCUUCCCUUUUUCCAAAUUUUGUUACGUUACAGCCUUAUUCUAAAAUUGAUUGAUUAAAUGUUUUCCUCAUCAAUCUACACACAAUACCCCAUAAUGACAAGGCGAAAAACAGGUUUUUAGAAAUGUUUGCAAAUGUAUUAAGAAUAAAAAACAUACCUUAUUUACAUAAGUAUUCCUACCCUUUGCUAUGAGACUCGAAAUUGAGCUCAGGUGCAUCCUGUUUCCAUUGAUCAUCCUUGAGAUGUUUCUACAACUUGAUUGCAGUCCACCUGUGGUAAAUUCAAUUGAUUGGACAUGAUUUGGAAAGGCACACCUGUCUAUAUAAGUGCCGACAGUUGAUAGUGCAUGUCAGAGCAAAAACCAAGCCAUGAGGUCGAAGGAAUUGUCCGUAGAGCUCCGAGACAGGAUUGUGUCAAGGCACAGAUCUGGGGAAGGGUACCAAAAAAAUUCUGCAGCAUUGAAGGUCCCCCAGAAUGCAGAGGCCUCCAUUUUUAAAUGAAAUAAGUUUGGAACCACCAAGACUCUUCCUAGAGCUGGCCACCCGGCCAAACUGAGCAAUCGGGGGUGAAGGGCAUUGGUCAGGGAGCUGACCAAGAACCUGAUGGUCACUCUGACAGCUCUAGAGUUCCUCUGUGGAGAUUGGAGAACCUUCCAGAAGGACAAGCAUCUCUGCAGCACUCCACCAAUCGGGCCUUUUAUGGUAGAGUGGCCAGACGGAAGCCACUCCUCAGGAAAAUACACAUGUCAGCCCGCUUGGAGUUUGCCAAAAGGCACCUAAAGGACUCUGACCAUGAGAAACAAGAUUCUCUGGUCUGAUGAAACCAAGAUUGAACUCAUUGGCCUGAAUGCCAAGCAUCACGUCUGGAGGAAAACUGGCACCAUCCCUACGGUGAAGCAUGGUGGUGGCAGCAUCAUGCUGUGGGAUGUUUUUUAGCGGCAGGGACUGGGAGACUAGUCUGGAUCGAGGGAAAGAUCUUUGAGAUCCUUCAUGAAAACCUGCUCCAGAGCGAUCAGGGCCUCAGACUGGGGUGAAGGUUCACCUUCCAACAGGACAACGACCCUAAGCACACAGCCAAGACAACGCAGGACAAGUUUCUGAAUGUCCUUGAGUGGCCCAGCCAGAGCCCGGACUUGAACCCAAUCGAACAUCUCAGGAGAGACCUGAAAAUAGCUGUGCAGCAACGCUCCCCCAGCCAACCAGCUUGAGAGGAUCUGCAGAGAAGAAUGGGAGAAACUCCCCAAAUACAGGUGUGCCAAGCUUGUAGCUUCAUACCCAAGAAGACUCAAGGCUGUAAUCGCUGACAAAGGUGCUUCAACAAAGUACUGAGUAAAUGGUCUGAAAUACUUAUGUAAAUGUGAUAUUUCCAUUUAUUUAUUUUAGAUUGGCAAAAAUGUCUAAACCAGUUUUUGCUGUGUCAUUAUGGGGUAUUGUGUGUAGAUAACAAAAAGAAGAGAAAUAAUUUUAAUCAUUUUUAGAAUAAGGCUGUAACCUUACAAAAUGUGGGAAACAUUCAAGAGGUCUGAAUACUUUCCGAAAGCACUGUAUAUUUGAGUUUGUGAUUUUCUUUUUUGUUAUCCUUGUGUUUGUGUGUGUGUGCGCCAACGCUCAUUGCAUGCCACAGCUGUGUGUUUCUAAACUGUUUUCACUGUACGGUUUCAGACCAGAGAGGCAGUUACCAACAGAAGCAAGGCGGUUACAACCGAGGUGUUUGAAAUAACUGAUUGAAAUGCAUGAUUGUCUGAAUAUUAUGAGAGUGACUGUGUAUGUCUUAUUUCAGUGUGUAUGUGAUAGUGAGAGACAUAGUAUACGUAUGUAGUAAAAAAUGCUGUUUUUUGUUAUCCCCUUUGUGUGUGUGUGUGUGUGUGUGUGUGUGUGUGUACGCUCACACACGACGUUUCACAGCUGUGUCUAAACUGUUUUCAUUGUGCGUUUUCAGAUGGUCAAAGAGGCAGCUACCAACCGAAGCAAGGCGGUUACAACAGAGGUGCUUAUGAACCAUUUUAUUCCUCCUUUAUUUUCUAAUGGAAGUGUUUAUUUUGAAAAAAAUAUCAAUUCUGAUAUUUUUUUAAUCACUAUUCGUGAGCUGCAGUCCCCUCUGUCUAUGAAUGAUAAGACAUCAGGAUUUGACACCUACCGAGUUGCGGCAACAACUCUUUUUAACGUCUUCAUUUUAAAGAGUGUAAUAAUUCCAUGUAAUGUAUUCUAUCACUAAUAAUAUGCAUUGGUUGUGUUUAGGCAGUUCUUCAGAAACAUUGCAAUACCAUAAAUUAGAAUUUCUAAGAACACAAUGUAUUCAUGAGUGUACUGUACAUACUGUGUAAUUGUUUUUCAUGUUUGGUACAUUUUAAUCUAUGGCUUGCUCAAAAUUGAUUGGUUGCUAAAACUAUGAAACCAAAAGAACAUAUAAUUGAACCAAGUAACGGCUUCUUGCUAUGAUGAGAUGAUUAUAUAUAUUUUUUACCUAAACCUGCAUGCAAGAUGCAAGCUCAAGUGAUGAAAACAGCUAAACGACUAGCUUGAUAAAGUGUGAAUAUGCGCAUGUAUAGACAUUAUAAAGGAAAAUAACUGUAGUUAUAAAAGUGCACAAGUAAAUAAAAGUCAUUUGUAAAUUAUAUUGGACACGUUAGUUGUGGCCUCGCACAUGCUUACCUUUUUUAUGGUUGGUUUCAGACGGAGGUGGUUACCAACAGAGGGGUGGUUACAACCGAGGUGCUUAUGAACCAUUUUUAUACCACCUUUAUUUUCUUAUGAAUAUCUGAAUUGUUCUGCUGUUUCUUCUAAAAUCGACCGUCUGUGAGCUGCACGCCCCUUUUUCUCCCAUUCCGCUAUGCCGAGCCUUGGGCACUAUUAUCAGUAGUCUAGAACAAUGGGAUUUGACGCCUAUAGUAUUUGAAUAAUAGUAAAUAAUAAUUCUACAUUUUUUAAGUGUACAAAUUCCGUGUUAUAUAUAUAUAUAUAUAUAUAUAUAAAACAUAACUAACCACUGCAUAAGCACCAAUGCAAACAAACCAAAAAGUAAUUUGUAAAUUAUAUUGGACACGUUAGUUGUGGCCUCACACAUGCUUACCUUUUUUAUGGUUGGUUUCAGAUGGAGGCAGUUACCAACAGAGGGGUGGUUACAACCGAGGUGCGUAUGAAUUUAUGCCACCUUUAUCCUAUAGAUGUCUGAAUUUUACUUAAAUUUUUUCUUAAAGCCACGGUCUGUGACCUGCAGUCCCCCCCCCAUCCUCCCUCCAUGCCUGAGCCUUUUGGCCACUCUAAAAACAUCCCACCCCACAUUUCAUUUUCUCUUCAUUCUCUCUUGCAGUCUUUCACUUCCAUUCUUCGCACAACUUGUUAGUAUUAGCCCACACGUAUUGUGAUAGAUAUGGCUUGUCAGCUCAUUUUGUCUGGACAUUUUAGUGUCACUGUUCUGUUCACAUUUUCCUAAUUUAAUCUCUGAAUCGUUAUUUUCUUUCUCUCUCCAUCUCUUGUCCUCUCCACAGAUGGAAACAGAGGUGGCGGUGGUGGCUACCAGGGCCAGAACAGGGGGGGCUACCAGGGAGGCGGGGGCUACCAGGGAGGCGGGGGCUACCAGGGAGGCGGGGGCUACCAGGGAGGCGGGGGUUACCAGGGAGGCGGGGGCUACCAGGGAGGCGGGGGCUACCAGGGAGGCUACAGGGGGGGCUACAAGGGGGGCUACCAGAACCAGGACAGGAGAGACUAC